UUCUCGGUUCCAAAAACGGAUAGAUUCAAGUAAAAUCUGUAUGAAUCCGGAACUGCUUUCCCUGAAAAAGCAAAGGGGGACAAUUUUUUGGAAGCACGCCAUUAAUGGGAAAAAGAAUGACAACGUCUUGCAUCAACCCUCGCCCGCCAUCUUCUCCGUUCUUCAUCCGAGCAACCAUCCUCGUCCCACCACCGACCAGUGCAUUUUGACAUAUAUUCAGUUGGCUGAGCAUCCUCAAGACUUUGCCUAUUGGUAUGCUAUCAACCAUCUUUGAGUAGAUAUCGGACAUGCUUUGUGAAGUGGAAUUGGACAGGUAUGUCUAUCCUGGUAAGCCAGACAGAAAUGGAUUGAUUUCUCGAAGGUCAAUAGUAACGUGCCUCUUGAAGUACUUAUUACUUGAAAAGGCGAGCAAGGAUCAUGGCUACUUUCUGGCCAUAACAUCCAUUAAAAGCAUCAGUUUACACGCAGUCAGGGGGUUUCCGUAUCCGUGGUUCCGCGUGAUAUUCAAAUGCCGCAGUUUCAUGCCUUUCCAGGGAGAAAUCUUGCAGGGGGUUGUGGAGCAGGUAUUCAGGUCAGGAAGGGGUUUGCUCCUCAGGAGUGGACCUUUAAAAUUGGCGUUUCUAUCAGUGAUUAAAAUGCCGGGGUACAGCUUCGUUCCUGGAGAAAAUCCUUCGUUUCUUCAUGACAAGCUCGGGAAAAUAGAAGCAGGUGUCGUGGUUCGUUUUACAGUGCUCAGUGUUAGAUGGAUGGGGAGAAGGUGGGGCGCAAGAAAUGAGUUUGCCGUCCUUGCUAGCAUAGAUGGAGAGUCUUUGGGGCCUCUUCCACUGGUUCAACCCGACGACAUCGAAUUGUAAAUAGUUUUAGAAAUAGGAUUGGUAUUUGUGACCUCUGUCGAAAUCUUGGUAUGGAAAAAGUAGAAUGGUGAUUUAUAUCCUUUCUUUACGCUUCAGAGAUCAGACCUUUUAGUAGGAUUGUACUGUUUGAGGCUUGUCAUGGCAUAUCAUCAGGUCAAGAAUGAUUAGCAGGUACCCGCUUUAACAAUCUCUACCAGAUUUGCUAAAGGCAGGCCUUGGUGUUUAAUUGUGCUGGCGUUUAAGAA